GUCUUUUCUUCAUCAUUAUCAUCAUCUUCUUUUAUGUUCUUAAAAAAAUUUAAACCAUAUACACACCUCUGUGCCAUACGUGAUGCCUUAAUGGUGUUUUAGUUGUACUAUAGAAUCAACUGGUUCCUCAUAAGUAUGAAUGUAUAGCAGCAUAUGUUUGCGUGUCACAUACCUGAUAAAUUCUCUUCCGUUCAGAGCCAUCCACAAUUUUUGACUAUAUUCUUCAGGCAAUGUACACUAGCAGUGUUCUGAUUUCUGAAGACCGAUGGCUUUCAUUUUUUCUAAACAUCAUACAGCUCCAUCGGAGGGGCCUAAUCCCAUCCUGCCUGCUGAAGAGAAUUUGGGAAAAAAUGAGAAGAGUUCAAUAUCUUCAGGAAUAGACAACACAAAGAGGAAAGAUAGAGAAUGUGCUGAUUAUAAGAUCCACAAGAAUUUAGGUCAGGAAAGAAUGUCUAGCAAGGAACAUCUUGCCAAUGGCAACUCUAUUGGAGAAGACCGUAGAGAGAACCAUAGACAUCAUAAUGGAAAAUAUUCCCCCAGUAAGGAAAGUAGAAAGCAAAGGAGCUACUGUGGCAAUGAGAAUGAUUUCAACCAGAGAAAUUCUUUGACACUUGACAGUGAUGGGAAGAUGCACAGUGCUAAUAAUGAUUUGGAUACUGAAAGAAUGAGUGAGUAUAAUCAAGACUAUCAACACCGAAGAUAUUUAAAUGAAAAAAAGGAGCGCAGUCCUAGUCGUAGUAGAUAUGAUAUCCGAGAUGUUAGGCACCGUAGCCGGGAGACAAAGGAACGACACUGGGAAGCAAGUUUGGAGAUUGACAGGAAUGUAAUCAGAGAAAAGGACCAGGAAAGGGAAAGAGAAACAUACAGGGUAAGGGAGAGCGAAAGAGAAAGAGCCCGAGUUAGGGAGAAGGAAAGGGAUAGACAUCGGGGCAAUGACAGCAGUCGAGAGAGAGAAAGGGAAAGGAGGAGAGAUAAGGAUAGAGAGAGCCAAGGAGGUAGAAGUAGGGACGUAGAGAGAGAUAGGGACAAUGUUAGAUCUCGCAGGCAUUGUAGAUAUGAUGAUUUUGGCAGGAGCUACGGCGACGAGGAUAUGUAUGGUGCUUCCAGGCAUAUUAGAGAUGGGCAUAAUAGAGAUGAUGGGACUGGGCAUGGCCACAGAGGCAGGUCAGGCAAUGCAGAAGGAAAAAAAUCCGACAAAACAGUAGUGGAAUUGGGAAGUGAUAAAUUUAGAAGAGAUGAAGAUGAACAGGAGGAUUUUCAGGACAAAAUCACAUUCCAACUUGCUGAACAAGAUGAAGAUACUGAGAGGAUUAAGGAGGAGAGUAGACGGCUACGGCAAGCCAUACUUGAAAAGUACAAGAAUCAGCAGCCACAGACACAUGCUAAGAAUUGUUCCGAAGAAAGUGAAGUAGAUGCUAGAGCCGAUGAUACAGACAUUUCUGUUGGCGAACCAGAAUUUUCUGUUGGAAAAUCUCCUCGCCAGGAUGAUCUCUCUGUGAAUGAGCAGGCUUCUGGAGUUGGUGGACUAGGACAUGGUACCCCGAAGAGUGAGAGGUUGAAUGACAUGUUUUGUGAUGAUAUAUUUGGAGAAUCACCUGCAGGAGAUCGCAAGCAAGGUAAAGAGGAUACCUUAGCAGUUGAAAGAGGUGGCCUUCAUGAUAACUGGGAUGAUGCAGAAGGGUAUUAUAGCUACCGUUUCGGAGAAGUUCUUGAUGGUCGAUAUGAGAUCAUUGCUACCCAUGGAAAAGGAGUCUUUUCUAUGGUCGUUCGUGCUAAAGAUCUAAAGGCUAAACAUGGCGAUCCAGAAGAGGUAGCAAUAAAAAUGAUCCGUAAUAAUGAAACAAUGUACAAGGCUGGUAUGGAAGAACUGGUGAUAUUGAAGAAGUUAGUUGGUUCCGACCCUGAGGAUAGGCGCCACUGCGUUCGCUUCCUUUCUAGCUUCAAGUACCGGAAUCAUCUAUGCUUAGUGUUUGAAUCUCUUCAUAUGAAUCUUCGAGAGGUUUUGAAGAAGUUUGGACGUAAUAUUGGACUAAAACUUACUGCUGUGAGGACAUAUGCAAAGCAACUAUUUAUUGCUUUGAAGCAUUUAAAAAACUGUGGUGUUCUUCAUUGUGAUAUUAAACCUGAUAACAUGCUGGUGAAUGAAGCAAAAAAUGUUCUGAAGCUUUGUGAUUUUGGAAAUGCCAUGUUUGCGGGAAAAAAUGAGAUUACUCCAUACCUAGUGAGCCGUUUUUAUCGAUCCCCAGAGAUUAUACUGGGCCUGAAUUAUGACCAUCCAAUGGAUAUGUGGUCAGUUGGUUGCUGCUUAUAUGAGAUUUACACUGGAAAAGUUUUGUUUCCUGGCCAAACAAACAAUGACAUGCUUCGUCUUCAAAUGGAAUUGAAGGGUCCAUUUCCUAAGAAAAUGCUUAGAAAGGGUGCAUUUAUAGACAAACAUUUUGAUCAGGACCUUAACUUUCUUGCUACAGAGGAGGACCCCGUGACAAAGAAGGCUGUAAGAAAGUUGAUUGUUAAUGUAAAGCCAAAAGACAUUGGUACUAUUGUUUUGGGCUCUCCUGGUGAGGACCCAAACAUGCUCACACAUUUUAAAGAUCUUCUUGAGAAGAUAUUCAUGCUAGAUCCAGACAAGAGACUCACAGUUUCACAAGCAUUGAGCCAUCCAUUCUUUACAGACAAGAGACUCACACAUUCAUGAUGAUGAUCUUGACAGCAGUCUGCACACAUGCUGUUGCCCUAGAUUCCUGUAGAGUUAUGAUAACUAACCUUGGAUGACUCUAACCCUUGGGCAUUUAGGUGGUUUUGUUAUAUACUCUGCUGGCUCAAGGAACACGAGUGCACUGCAUGAUGGAAGUGGGAAGAGAAUACAUCUGACUCGGGAGUCCUUGGCUGUUCUUUCAGUGGAAUAUUUUCUGGUUCUAUUGUAAGAUAACUUGCUGAUGGCAUUAUUAUCCUGUUAUGAUUAUUGUUUAAAGAUGUACUUGAACACAAAUGUUGCAAUUAUGAAGUUUACAUGCUAAACGAUUUCACAUUGAUAGAAGCAUGUCUCUCAAUGAGUUUGUUCUUCUGAGUUGGACCAUGACUAUCUCAAAUCUUGUUGAAUCCUUAAUUUUGUUUAUUUAAUAAUUUAUUUCUUUCUCUUUUGCUGUUUUUUUCUAAGUUCUAACUAAUAUCAUCUCACCUCUUUAUGUUUGAAAUUGCUUGGGUCCUGGAAAAUCUAAUUCGGCUUUUCAUUCAGGAUGUCUGCAGAGGUUAUGGGAGCAUCCAGUUCUUUAGGUGCUUGAAACCACCGACCCUUGAGAAGGUAUCUUGGUUAGUUCGUCAGGAACUUACUGUGAGAACUUGUGCAUUUGUGUUUUUGUGUGUUUCCUAACAUUAAAUAUGCUUAUUUUUUCCUCUUACGGUAAUUUUGACUUAUUCUGCAUUAGAAUUUGGUUCUACAAUAUAUAAAUAGAAUAACAUAAUUUUCUAAUGGAUGAUGAAUAUACAAUAACAUCAUAUAUCCAAAUUUAUAACAUACCACCUCAAACACAUUGACAAAGAUGAAAUCUUUUUUUACUAAAAUUAGUUUUCUUACAUAUUUAUUUGAGUGAUUAUUUAAUUGAGUGAUUUUUUAACACUUUAAUUUUUAUAAUACUCUCCAACUUCUUCAAGUUUUUUCCAACUUAUUCCAGUUUUUUCCAACUCCAGUUUCUCCAACAUCUAACUCUAGAAUUCCAAUCGAAAAGAACAUGCCCUAAGUUAUUUAGUAACCUGUGGUCGAAAUGUUUAAAUAGUUGAAUGCAUUGAUUUUGCAUGUGUCAAUCUUUUAUAAAAUCAGUUUGCUAAUCAUUCUGUAUUGCGUCUGAUCCAUGAUGUGGUCAUGCUGGAGCAAUGUAUGCCUGGAGAUGUUAAGAAGCCUUGGAAGUUAAAGUGUUAAGAGUGAGUUGUCUUUUCAGUUCUCUGCUUUUCAAUUGCUGGGGAAGUGUGUUUUGAUUGGAUUCUCUCUUGAUAGGGGUUGGCUUCAUGGUUCUACAAUUAUAGUAAGUUCUCUUGUUAAAAUUUGUUUUAUUUUUUAUACUCCACCUCUGCCGAAGCCCUAAGUUAUUGAUGACCACAAGUUUCUUGGUUCAAACCAAACCAAACCAAGUGUAAGCCGUUUCCCACCUGGUGGGGUUGGCUAUAUGCAUUUAGUUUCUCUUGGUCGGGUGUUUUGUGGUGAUGAUUGGUAAAUGUACUUUCAAUGUGUACCGAAAACGUUCGAGUUCAACAGCAUAGCUGCAUAGGUUUUAACCUUUAAGUUUAGAUAGUUUUGUUAGAAGUAUAUGAUCAUAGAGAAGCUGAAAAUGUGGGCAUUUAAUUUUUUUUAAUUCUUAUGUUUUCAGAUUUUAACUUUUCAAGUAUGGUUUGAUUUUGUUAAAGUUGUUAGCCGCCUUCAUUUUGGCAAGACCUCCCAUCAUUCAACUUUGAAGUUAUCAGUGGGCAAUAAAGGGCCUGUUUGGUG